AUGCCCCUGCGCACGGAGCGUCACGCGCCAAAGUUUGAUGGGACUCCGCGUGCCCUAGGGCGCUACUUCGAGGAGCUCGCGGACCUGUUCACGCUGGUAGGCGUCGUCAACGACGCCGAGAAAAUAAAGUACGCGAAGCGUUAUAUCAAACCCGAGGAUGACGAGAUCUGGGGUACGGUUGCGGUGGUGGCCGACACUACUUUCGAUGAAUACUGCACGGCGGUCAUGGGACUGUACCCCGGCGCUGACGGGCAGUCCAAGUAUAUGGUCGACGACCUCAAAGCUAUUGCGAGGGAAUCACUCUACGUGGGCACGUCAACCAGAGGAGCAGAAGCCGAGUACUAUCGGAAGUUCCUUCCGGUGGCGAAGUUCUUGUUAGCACAGAGCCUAGUCUCGAAGAUACAGGUCAGCGACUGCUUCCUGGAAGGGUUCCCGCCCAUGGACGCGGAGCGCGUUAAGCGUCGCGUCGAGAUCAUGUACAAGGAAGUUGACCCUUCGAGAGGUUUCGACCUCGCGCAGCUGCACGCGGCCGCCCAGACCGCUCUAUCACCCGUGGGGUACGGGGGCGGCGGAGGAGUCACUACCACAGGUGGGGGGAGUUCGGCGACGAAGGGUACCGCGACCACCGUCAAGGCGGAGAGCUCAGCUGACGAGAUUGCUCGUGCGUUGCUGGCGUACCUUGGUGGCGGGAAUCAGGGAGGAGGGGGAGCGUUACCGGCAAGGGUUCCAUUUCGUCCGACGUUUAAUGCGUACCCAGCUACCUACGGAGGCGCGCCCAGUGGAGGGUACGCCCCGAGUACGUGCAACUUCUGCGGUCAGCAGGGACACUUCCUCCGCGAGUGCCCCGAGGUGCGAAACUACGAGCGGAUGGGGAAGAUUGCCCUGGAUUCAGACCGUCGUGUGAGACUUCCGAGCGGUGAUUACGUGUCGAGGAACCUGCCGGGAAACCUCAUGCGCGAACGGGUGGAUAACUGGCACGCGAUGUUUGGGGCUGGAGCGGGAGGAGGAGGAGGCACCGCGCCUCCGAACGCGCAGCCGGAUGGGGCACAACGGGACGCUCCUCCGCACCUGGCAGCGAAUAUUGUCGAGAUCGUCGAGGAGGUCGAGAGCGCCAACUUGAUCGAGCUGGUGGAAGGAUACGCGUAUGAAGCGUGCGAAGAGGAAGGCACGGACUCCGAGGAUCGAGCUAGAGAGCUGGAAGCGAAGGCUGAGGCCUUGAUCGCUGAAGCAGCGCGAACGCGGAGUGGAGGAAAGAAAGUGACGUUCGAGGAGCCGACGAAGGGCAAGGGUUCCGGAAAGCCGCUCCCGCCCGCGCUGAAAGGGCCUAGUGGGAAACCUCCUGGUGUGCCGGCGAAGUCCGGUAGUAGUCCAGCGGCCGGAGGGAAGGAAGUAGGCUCCGGAACGAAGGGGACGAAGGGGGAACCGCAGUACAAGUACACCACGAAGCUUAGUGGCGACAAGGACUCCGGGAAGAAGGCAGAGGAGCUGGUCGACCGUAUGCUCGACGGAGGAGCGUUGCCGGCCUGGAGAGAGAUCGGAGAGGUUAGCACCGACUUCCGUCGCGCCAUGACCGAGAAGAGCCGCACGUACCGCGUUCCCUUGUCGGCGAACCUGGCCGAGGUUUGGAGCGAGGCAGAGCCCGUGGAGACAGCCCUGUUGGUAGAUGGGACGGAGCUCGACUUCGAAUGCUGGGAUUCCCUCCGCCUGCGCACUGUGAAGCCCAAGAUCAACGGGGUGGAGAACAUCGAGUGCGUCCUCGAUACCGGAGCGCAAAUGGUGAUCGUCCGGAAGGAUGUUUGGACGCGACUUGGAGGUUCCCUGCGCCCGGACGAUCGUGUUAUUAUGGAGACCGCCAACGAGGCGAAGGUCAGGACGGUCGGGAAGGCAAUCGGGUUGCGUUUUACCUUCGGAGCGGAUCUGGAGGUGAUCCUCAACGCGCAGAUCGUCGACGCGGCACCGUUCGAGGUACUCCUCGGUCGUCCCUUCUUCGCGGCGACGAGCUGCGAGACUCGCGACUUCCCCAAUGGUAACCAGGAGGUGAUUCUGACGGACCCGAAGACCAGCCGGCGUAUCAUGGUGCCGACAUUUGAGCGAGGCCCUCGGAAGGUGCUUAAGAAGGCGGAGCCCGUGCGAGUUCCCGUGAAGAAGGAAGAGUCAGACGGGGGCGAAGAGGGUUUUUAA